AUUAUUAAACUAUCCCUAAUGCUAAAAAAUGAAUGGAAAGCAUGUGUUUACCACUCUUGUUUUUUAAAUUAUUUAAUCAUGAAUAAAGUGCAACUGACUCGGAUUGUAAUGUUAUUUAUGUUUGAUUGAAAAUUGUCAUCUUUAGAUUGGCCACAAUGAUUAUAACUAGGUUUAGGAAAUUAGUGAACCCAGCGAGUUAUCGCUUUUGCCGGGCGUUCCUAAGUGAUAUCAGGCAUCAUCAGGAGGUUAGAAAUGUUGAAGAUAUCCGAAAUAUUGGUAUAUCUGCUCACAUUGACAGCGGAAAGACAACGUUAACGGAGAGGCUUCUUUUUUACUCUGGUAGGAUUGAUGAAAUGCACGAGGUUAAGGGUAAAGAUAAAGUCGGUGCUGUUAUGGACAGUAUGGAGCUAGAACGAGAAAGAGGAAUCACAAUUCAAUCGGCAGCAACUUAUGUACUUUGGAAGAGUAAAAAUAUUAACAUUAUCGACACUCCUGGUCAUGUUGACUUUACGGUCGAGGUUGAAAGAGCACUGAGAGUUCUUGAUGGUGCGAUUUUAGUUCUUUGUGGCGUCGGAGGUGUCCAGGCACAAACAUUCACAGUAACUAGACAAAUGGCUCGUUAUAGUGUUCCCUGCAUCGCUUUUAUUAAUAAAUUAGAUCGUAAAGGAGCUGAUCCUCACAGAGUUCUGAACCAGAUGAAAGAAAAGCUUCAUUUUACAGCAGCUUUGACACAAAUUCCGAUUGGUAUUGAAGAUAAUUUAAAAGGAAUCAUUGAUCUGAUUGACGAAAAAGCAAUUUAUUUUGAUGGACCUCAUGGGGAAAAAGUGCGACAUGACGAAAUCCCAAAGGAUAUGAGAGCCGAAGCUGUUGAUAGAAGACAAGAAUUGGUUGAAUGUAUAUCAAAUGUAGAUGAUGUUCUUGGAGAGAUGUUCUUAGAAGACAAAACGCCAAAUAAUCAAGAUAUAAAGGCAGCGAUCAGAAGGAAUUGUAUUUCGAGAAAAUUCAUCCCGGUUUUAGUUGGUUCAGCCCUUAAAAACAAAGGAGUUCAACCUCUCAUGGAUUCAGUAAUAAGUUAUUUACCGAACCCUGCCGAAGUUGAAAAUUUUGCAUUCAAAGAAUCGGAUGAUGGCAGUGAACCAUCUAAAGUUAUAUUAAGUCCUGCUCGAGAUAAAAGCAGUCCAUUUGUAGGCUUAGCUUUCAAAAUGGAACAAACUCGAUUUGGUCAGUUAACUUAUAUUCGCACUUAUCAAGGUAGUGUAUCUAAAGGUGAUAUUAUUUGGAAUGCUAGAACUGGAAGAAAAAUUAAAAUUCCUCGGUUAGCUCGAAUGCAUUCUAAUAACAUGGAAGAUAUAUCCGAAGCUUAUGCUGGUGACAUUUGUGCCUUUUUUGGUGUUGAAUGUGCAUCUGGUGACACUUUUGUCACCGAUCCUAGUCUCAAAUUAUCUAUGGAAUCAAUUCAUGUACCAGAAGCUGUUAUCUCGAUGUCUGUAAAGGUAAAGGACAAAAAUAGGGUUGGAAAUUUUACUAAAGGUAUUAAUAGAUUUGUCAAAGAAGAUCCAACGUUCCAUUAUACUUGGGAUUCUGAUUCUAAAGAGAUGAUAGUAUCUGGAAUGGGUGAACUUCAUUUGGAAAUUUAUGGCCAGCGUAUGGCCAAUGAAUACGAUUGUCCUGUUGAACUGGGCAAACCUAAAGUAGCUUUCCGUGAAACUUUAACGGCUCCCUGUAAAUUUGAUUACUUCCAUAAGAAACAAUCAGGAGGUGCUGGUCAAUAUGGUAGAGUUGUUGGUAUUUUAGAACCAAUACCUUCACCACGAAAUACUGAACUAAUCUUUUCACCCGAAAUCGUGGGUAACAACAUACCCAAACAAUUUUUGCCCUCAAUUGAGAGAGGUUUCCGGAUGAUGUGUGAAAAAGGUCAUUUAAGUGGUAACAAAAUACGUGGAAUCAAAUUUCGAUUAAAAGAUGGACAAAGUCACAGCGUUGAUUCUAAUGACAUUGCUUUUGCUUGUGCUGCUGUUGGUGCCAUUAAACAAGUGCAAAAGCUUGGAAGGUGGCAUAUUAUUGAACCCAUCAUGAAAUUGGAAGUUACCGUUCCUUAUGAAUUCAGUGGACCAGCCAUUGCUGCAAUCUGCAAAAGAUCGGGAGUCAUCGUUAAUACCGAGGAAGCUUCUGGUUACAUGGCUGUUUCGGCUGAAGCUCCUCUCAAUGAUAUGUUUGGAUUUACAACUGAAUUGCGAACGUUAUCUCAAGGAAAAGGCGAAUUUACCAUGGAAUUUUCAAAAUAUGCUCCAGUCAGAGGCGAUGUUCAACAACAAUUAACUUCUGGUUACAAAGAUGAUAACCCUGAUUCACAUUUAGAAAGAAAUAUUAUAUUAUAAAUACAAUGUAGAUAUAAUAAAUUCGUUUUUUUUCUUUUCGUAAUUUAAGAUUUAUAUCAAAUUACAAAUAAAACAUUCAUCAAAUUUUAUAAA